GGUAAGUCACCAGUGUUUGUAUAUUUGUCAUUCAAUUGCAUUGAUUUCUCUUGACUGCGGCCAAGACAUGGCAGAGAAACUGACGGAAAAUCCCAAAAGAGGCAUUCUGAAGGCCUCGGGACAUUACGAAGAUCCAGCCAACAAGCCUGAAGAUGGCAUCAAGUGGGAUGAGAUGAAUAUUCUGGCCACCUUCCAUCCGGAAGGCAAAGACUACGGCCACAUGAAGGUGGACGAACCGGACACUCCCUACAACAAAUACACGGAUCCGGACGGGGAUGACGCGGACGCCGACCCUCAGAGCGAGAAUGAAGAUGAUAAAGUAUUAGACUCGGGAAAACUUGCCAACAGACUGCAGACAGACACAGAGGACAGGAGAUGGUGGGACAAAGAACCUGGGGAGGAGGACGACGAGAGCGAAGACGAGGACGAGGACGAAAGCUUGAUGUCACCGGAGGCCAAAGAUCUCAAGCGCAAGUUUGAGGUUCAUCGGAAGCAGCACUACGACGAGGCCUCCAAGAUGAAACUGGCCAAGCAACUCAUGGAGCAGGACGAGGAGGAACUCAAGCAGCUGGAGGAGGAAGAAGAACGGGAGCGACUGCGGGCCGGGGAACAGACGAGCAGCAGCCUAGACGAUGCAAACUCCUCAGAGGUCAAUCGCUGAUGGUCGCUCUGGAGAUUUUUCCCCUUGGCAUUGUGGAAACUGCUUUGUUGUGUAUGAUACUAUAAUGGGAGUUUUUAAAACUUAAGGUAUAUCAAAACCCAUGAUGUUAUGCCAAAAUUGAAGAGUAUCAGGCCAAAACUGAAGAGUAUUUCCUUUUUGUUUGGAUUCUUAAUGCUCAUGAAGCAAGCGAUUGAGCCAAAUCUGAGAUGAGGCCCAGAUUUCAAAUACUCUUUGUGUGACCCAGAGUCAUGAGGCAACAUAAUAUAUGAAGUGUUUCAUCAAAACUAUCCUGUUCGUCGCUUUCAGGUACAACCAACAAAAUUAUCAUUAUUAUUAUUAAUUAUUUCUGGUAAUGACACCAAGGAUUCCUCAAAAGGGCCCCAGGUACUGUAGCUCGCAAGCCUGAAGAAACCUGUGGAGAGAAGACAAUGAGAAGAAAUUACAGUUUCAGAGGUGGGAGGAAAACCCCAGAAUGAUACUCUGGGGAAAACCCACGGAAUCAGGUAGGGACUGAAAACCCAAUCCACAUGUUGGCCCAGGCAGGAUUCGAACCCGGGUCACAGCGGUGAAAGGCGAGGAAAGAACCACUCACGAACCUGACUCCUCGUGAAACUGUGACUGGAAUUUUACCCUCAGCAUUGUGGGAAUGUUACAAAUAUUUCCCGUAGAAUAGAUAAAUAUAUUUCCCUAGAAUGUCAAGUCAGAGUUCUACGGAUAGUUGUAUGGAUAUUAACAAGUCUAUUGUGACUAUUUUGUUACACAUACAUAGAUAACGAGACCGGUGUUAUGGUAUCGUAAUUCUAGGGCUGUUUGAAAUAUACCAAAUA